UGUAAAUUGGCGUCUUGCUCCGUCCGCUCGGGUCGCGCACAGUCGGGAUCGCGGUAUACACUUGGCUCCCUGCUGCCAGACUCCAAUCCUUAAGUAAAUAAUCGUCACAUCACCGGCAACCUCACUGGCAAUCCAUGCGCCAGUCGAUAAGAUAUAGCUCGCGUAUACACACUUAUGAAAAUGUGAAUAGUUUUCAAUAUGGCCAAAUCGUGUGAUGAUAUACCAAAAAAGUACAUUGAAGACGACAUGGACAUGGAUGAUGAGGAGGACCCUCCCGGUUGCUUCCGGAGGUUCAUUAUAUCGCUGCGGAUAAACCCGAACCUUAUUAUGUUAAAAGUGACUCUCUUUGUAAUGUAUGGCGCCACCGCAUCUCUACUUCCAUAUCUAACGAUACACAUGCAAAGUAUAGGUUUAACGGUGCCAGAGAUAUCUUUUGUAUAUUUAGCCUUACCGUUUACAACGUUUUUAAGUCCUCCGAUAACUGGAUUCCUGGUGGAUCGUUUCGGCGAGUACAAGCCCGUUGUGAUAACGGCUUUGAUAUUAAACGCAGCGUUUCAUCAUUCCUUACUCCUGAUACCACAUCAGGAAACGCCAGGGGUUAUGCCAUCCGCAUACGUUAUGAGACAUCCGAUAAAGGAGAGCGUUGAGAUAUGGUGGAGCCCGUGCCCGAGUAGAGAAUGCCCCGAUGAGGACGAACAGGUAGAUUUUGUUCUCGACCGUUGUGUGGACCACUGCAUGUUAUUCAGACCUACGGAGACCAGCCCCACCAGUGACCCGACAGAUGAUAAGGACGACAUCGAUGUUCACAUUGUACAAAAGAUUUAUCCACCUAAUUUAUCCAACAGCAGCUUUGUCAAUGGGACCUACGAAGAAGAAGAUUAUAAUGACGCGGCCUUCUUUUUAAUUGAAGUUCACGAUGACUUAGGCGAGCCAAAAGAACAACUUGGUAUAGAAAUGGAAAGGGACGACAAUGACACUGUAACGGACUUUAGAUCACGAUUUGGUGAGAAACUUCUGCUGGCCCAAGGUGUCAAUAUCACUGCUCUCGAUAAAGAAGAUUUGAGAUGCGGAGGUCUCGUUAUGUUACAUAACAUGACUAAGUUAUCUCAACUACGCCUUGCAACGCUAUCUGCAGACUGUAUGGUGCAAAAAUGUGAUUUUAGAAAAGGUGGCCCGGAUAUUUGCCCACCGGACUAUAAGGAAAGCGACGAUAAGACUUUUUAUAUCUAUUUCUUCUUACGAUUUAUGGGCACCAUCAUGUUAUCAGCUGGCGUGACAAUCAUGGAUCCCAUAGCCUUGACAAUGAUUCAAAAGUAUGGAGGGGAUUUUGGUAGAGAGAGACUGUUCUCUAGUAUUGGAAUGGCGAUAUUCUCACCGAUUACUGGCAUGUUAAUAGAUAUGAGGAGCAAACAAGUUGGAUAUACGGAUUAUUCUGCUGCAUUUUAUACAUAUGACGUGUUACUUUUAAUAUCAGCUAUUACAGUUGCUGUAAUGCCUUUAGGAGCUAAAUUACCAGCGGAUAACUUGUUGCACGAUCUAAUUAAUAUUAUCAAAAUGCCGCAUAUUAUAAUAUUCAUAUUCUUCUUAUUUGCUUUGGGAAAUUUCUGGGGAUUUAUUGAGUCGUAUUUAUUUUUAUAUUUGAAGGAGUUAGGUGCACCGAAUUUUCUAUUAGGAAUAACUGUGACUGUGGGCACUUUAAGUAGUAUCCCUUUCCUGUAUGGCGCAGACGCAAUAACAUCCAGAAUAGGCCAUGUCAACGUCAUCGUUGUCGCGUUCUUCUCUCAUGCUGCUCGACUCGUGGGUUAUUCAUUCAUUGAGGAUUCAUGGUGGUGUUUUCCAUUUGAGGCAAUGGAGUCACUAUCGGUACAUCUAAUGUGGGUUGCUGCAGCUACCUACUGCGCGAUGUUGGCACCGAAGAGUCUUCUCGCGACUCUUAUUGGCGUAUUGGGAAUGGCUCAUUUUAGUCUUGGCCGUGGAAGUGGAAGUUUUGGCGGAGGUUUGUUAAUAGCCUCUCUGGGUACCCGAGAAGCCUUCAGAUACAUGGGUUUGAUAGCUUUCUUGGGUGGAGUGCUUUACGGUCUUUUACACUAUUUCUGGUUAAGAAAUAUCAAUAUGAAAGCGAUGCCAGAGAUAUCGGAGCCGGAUACAGAAAGUGGCGAAGGCGAUAAGCUGAACGGUGAGCCUCUUAGAAAGGAUGCUGAGACGAUGAUUUCUUUGGAACGGCUACAUAUGAUUACUAGAUAUAAUCCUCUUGGAUCUUUGCAUUCAUUAUCCAGAGGAUCUAGGGCCAGGCUAUCCCAAGGCGACAUAAACGAACUAUGUCGCAGCAGAAGCGGGAGUAACAGCCAGCGGCGGUGCAGCAACAUCGAAAUAUCUCCAAAAUCCCAAAGCUCUGCUUCCAAGGUUGACCUUCUACGUUCAGCCCUUGAGGUCUCUCAUCAACAGGCUAAGGGGCAUAUAUCGAACCCGGUUUUGUCUAAUAGGACUACUGCCCAUCCUUAUAAGUUGGCAAACAGUGCUCCAAAACUAACACAGCGCAUAAACAUAUCUCAGCCGGCACUGGUUGAGUUUGACAGCCGUCGAAGAGACUCCAUACCAGAGGAGGCUGAUGAAGACAAACUGGUACCAGCGAAAUGUAAAACUAAGAGCAUCCCACCUCCACCCACUUACGACGAGGCAACCCGUGAGAAAAGGAAAAGUUGGCACUCGGACGAUAGUACUCCCACAUAAAUAUCGAUUUUAGGUGUUUCGGACUCAUCAUUAAACUAAAACUUUUGGUCGUAUAAAAGUUCGUAAUUUACAUUUUUAUACGUGACUAGAACAUUGAGUAAAGCGCCAUCUGU